AUGUCGGGGCUCUGGCUGGUGCUUUUCGUGGCUGAUUAUUCGGUUUCUGCUGGAAGUCCAGUCAAAGCUUCCACAGCGAAUCCUUUUCUGGUUCCUCAGAGAGAGGCCACUACAAUCCAUCCUCAGGUGAGGCUUUUUUUACAAGUUAGGAAUCUUUGGAUGAGUGAAAAAAGGACUUUGAUCCUUCUUGGUUUUAAAUUUGUGUCUACUUUUAAGGAUUGAACUUGAAGCAUUAAAAAGGGGGGUCAUUUAACUUUGCGAUUGGGAACUUCCUGAAAACUGACCAGAACACUUUUCGGUGUACCAGAUGAAGAUUCUGAAAGUCCCAACCUGUACAACUUCUUAGUUUUCAAGAAACGAGGACUUAAAGCCCUAAAAUAGCCCAUUUUAAUGGAUUUUGAGGUUCAUCUUCGAGGCGUCUUUUCUCAGAAUCGAGGGAGUCUUUCAUGUUGAAACUUUCAGAAUCUUCUUCAGGUACAUCAAAGAUCGUUCUGGCCAAUUUUAAGGAAAUUAUCUACCGCAAAAUAAAAUUACUUUUCUUGUAAUACAAAACAAGGAGAAGCCGCUUCACAUAAGGAAUUUUCUAGAAAGUUCAACUUUUCGGAAACAGGAACUGAAUGAAGCUUUAAAUUGCAACCUGCAAAAAUUUUCCUUUGAAAAUCUUGAAACAUCCUGCGAGAGACUUAAUUUUCACCAGAAGAUUGUAUAUCGAUAGGGAAAAUCUGUUAGGCACGAAAACAGAUAUUUUGAUGAAUAACAUACACCUACUAUGAAGUCCAGGGUAUCCUAAGUUAGCCUGUUUGAAAAAUUUUACAAUUUUUUUUUUCGACCAGAUGAUUUGGAUCCAAGGCUCCUUGAACAGAAAAUUUGAUAAUAGUCCUAAUAUUUAUCGAAAUAACAUUCAUUUUGGAAAGUAAUGUAGCUCAAACUGUUAUCCCUACUAGAAGUUUGAAUUUCCGUAUGGAAGGGUCUUGUUUUCGUACAUUUCAAAGACAUCAUUUCUGUUCCGAAGCUCUAAAAAAAAGUGUAUAUAGGAACUCAGUUCCCUAUUCUCACCUUUACCUGGAAAAAGUAAGGUACGGCAGGUCGACAAUAAAAAGCGGAAAUUAGAGGAGGUUGUUACCAAGAAAACUCCGAGUUCUGAACAUCCUUUCGCUCUUAUGAUUUUGAAUAGGAAAGUCAAAAUAUCAAGAGUACGGAGUUUUUGCAGAGAUGAAGGAUACAACUCAGGGAAAAUACUUUUUUUUUCUCUAGUGGAUGAGGCUAACAUAGAGUUAAAAGUCUAAGAUAAAUUCAUUAGUAGUACGUUACAUUAUGCUGCUGAGCGAAAGUAGUUUUUAGUCGGGCGCGACGUGUUGGGAUGCUAUCUCCUUGGGAUUCAAGUAAAGGAAGUUGACAAAAACAAGAGUAUUAUAGUGCAUCUGCGUGCCAUCACCCACGAGUCUCUGCCAACCCUACGAUAGUCGAAUGCAGGCCACGAGUCUGGAAGAGGCUAUAAGCGCCUUCCCCGACCUCUCCCUGGAUUCCACUGAACACAGAAACCUGCCCGAGAUCUACAAUUUUCGAAACGUUGCUGUGAGUCUCUUUUCGAAGGUAAAAAUACAAAAAGAAUUGAUUUUUUCAGAAGAUAUCUUGAGAAAACAUCCAAUGAAGCAGCAGGAUAAAGAAAUUUCAAAAACACACAAGUUGAACCAAAAAUGGUCCUCUUUGAGAAAAAGUCACAAUUUCACUAGUCUAGCCUCUCUGCGCCCUCUUUUCCCUCACCUGUAGAUCAAAGGAGAGACUGUUCCAGGUCUUGACAAAAAAAAAAUGAUUUUUUGGUCAAACUAUUUCUGAAAUAACAGAAUAAUUAAAAUUUUCAGUCUUCGCCCAGUCAUUGUUCCAACAAACAGUGUAAAGACUGCAUGAGAGACAUCAGACUUCAUCUUUCAAAGGUAUUUUCUUAACUUCAAGAAAAAAAACAGUUAUCAAAAAGUUUCAGGUCGGACUUUUACCAACGCCAGACCAGCCAAACUCACCCCCAGCAGGCACAACUUGCGAAAAAUACCGAUUCGCUAGGAAAGACGAAGGCUUAUAUCACAAGAUUACACACAGAAACACAGGUGAAUAACUAGAAAACGAUUAAUUUAUCAAUUUGGAAGUUAUAGGCUUGAUUGAAAGCAAACUGCUUCGGAAAAGAAUGAGGCGACAAACGCCGGAUCUUUCUGGAUCAACAGUUUUGGGUCGGUUUUUUUCUUAUUCAAAAUUCAAAAAAAUUACUAAGAGCAAAUAAAAAGGUAGGAUCUGAGAAAAUCUCCCUGAAAACGUUCAAAAGAAGGUCAUACUAGUGGCCAGUGAUUUUUCCCAACAAUACACUUUUCCUGAAUGAUUUUCAAGCUUUAACCUUGAAAAAUCUGUUUCAUUUCAUGAAGUAGGAAAAGAUUCGUAUAAUGCAGAAAAAUAAGAUCUUCUACCUGUUCGGAAGAAAAAUUCUAGUCGCCGAAAAUCUCAUACUUUUUUUUGACACGCAUUUUUGGGUAAAGGACAAUUUUAUCAUUUUUCUGAGCUUCUGGAUCUCUUUGAAAAUUGCCUUAGGAGAGAAAUGUAUACAAAAGUUCAUGCAAACUUCAUCACUUGAAGAGCUCUCUAAUAUUCCCUCAUCUCCAGGACAAAAGAAAUUUUUUUUUCAUAAAUGGAGGUAUAGAAACAAAAAAUGCCCUUUUUCAUUGAACUUUUUACACUCCAUUUUUUCCCUUGAAUCUAUUUCAUGAGUCACUCGAAGCGUUGCAGCUCCUUCGAGAUCAAAAAUGAGUUCUGACUUUAAUACAUACACUACAUCUGCACCCGACUUUAGCGACUUCUCUCACAGGACGCCGCCGCGCGCAAGUAGUUUAUUGUCGGCCGCGCUGAAAAUGUAACGAUAAUUCCUUAAGCCAUUAGAAAAGCUUUUUGCAAAUUUAAGGAUUAACAUGAAGAUUUUCAAUUCAGGAACGCGAUUCACGCUCUCCUGUUCUUCCAAAGGCAUCACUCCGGACUCUGACGGGACCGUCUCUUUGUGUUCUUCCUGUUGGGUUUGGCGGAAACUUCCCAGCAACUACUUCCCGCAGUACAUUAAUGAGCUCGUUUGUGACAACGCCGACAGGUCCUGCCUCAGUGGUUUGUCCUAUCAACUUGAAAACCGUGUUAAAAUCUUCUCUGAAGGCUACGCCACCUGUUCAACUUCCCAUCGAACUUUGGAAGUCGUCAGAAAUGAUAGUGGGAUUUUGACGACGUUAACACUGUCCGCUGGUUCUCACUGUGAUUGUCGGGUUAUGGUAAGUUUUGAAAAAUGUUAGAUUAAACCAGGACAUAGAAAAAACCCCUACAAGGGAGCGAAAAAGUGGUCCCUAUAGGGGUUUAGGGUCUGACCCCUUAGUCCCUGAAGCUCAAGUGGACCCUGUAGGGGUCUCUCAAUUUCAUUUAAAAACGUUUGUUCAUUCAGUUUUUCUCAUGAAAAUGCUUCUUUGCUAACAAUUAUUGACUAGCAUGUCCCCUAUAGGGGUUACUAACUAAACCCCUGCAGGGAUCACUUUUGCAAGCUUCAGUGGUCCCUAUAGGGGUUGGUAAAGUGGCCUCUAAGGUUGCCCCUAUAGGGACCACUCUGGAGUUCCUAAUACUAUUGAAAAGUAUAGGUUUAUUUGAUUAUCUCAAAUAAAAAAAGCUCGGAAACAGUUUGAAAAUUUUCUACCUUUUCUUUUGUUUAAAGUCGCAAAAACCCCAUUAUCACAAUCUUUUUUGUAAAAGCUUCUUAUCUAAGAAGGAUUCAGUUUCAGCCAACAUCGGUCAUCGAGAAGCUGGUAACCGGCGAAGGAGUCUCUUCGAUUCUCCCGCCAGUCGAUCCGGCCACUUGA